CUUUGCGCCCAGCGUGUUUUUUUCUAAUCUACCGUUUCUCCAACGCUCUCGUAUUAAUUUAUUAUUGUAUAAUCGAGAGAUCCCCUUAUGUUCCCACCCCUUUAUCGUGGAUAGACCCAAAUGUUUACAUCAUGGCUACUCCGAGACUCCGCAAGGCCUUCCGCUAUCCCGACGACUCGGACGAUGACGAACAGGGCCGCGCAGAACUAGAUGAUGAGGAACAGGAGUCGGUGCUCGAUCAGCUGCGUACGCAGAUUGACCAACGAAAUGCAGAAUACAGUAACAUGUUUGCGAUCGUCCCACUCCUAUCUACCAUAAUAUUCGUUCCACAGUUGCUGGCCGGCUCUUCGAGAGCAUUGGAGCCGCUGCUAGCUUUGCUCGGCAUCGCUUCGUUGAUCACCACUGCUUACAUCAUGAAGUACAUGCCAUUGCGAAAGACCGAUUCCAGAUUUACACAAGCAGCUCUCAAGCCAGAAGCUCCAACAUCAAUCCUGGAAUAUCUUUUGCUCGCAAACAUCAUAGUCAGUGGGCUACUGACGGUAUCAUACGUCUUUCUUCCCCGAGUGGAAUCAUCACUCAGCCACCGACAAGUUACAUAUGUCGUUCCAGGAGUCAUGUUAGUAAUCGUCUUUGUUGUCCGAAGGUUAAUGGUCUCUGUGAACAUCGAAGAACUUGAAAAACUGCGAUACGAUUAUAAAGGAGCUUAGCAGGACCGAGUGAAACAAAGCUUAUUAACAAAACAUUUCAACUCUCUUGGAAGUGGGCUCGGACAGCCAUGUUGACCUACAUAUGCACCAUCCUACAUCCAUUGUCUAAUUUGACCGUUGAAUUCUAGUUCGCUGAAAG